AUGUUUAAACAUGCAGGCACCUCAGAAAACAAAGCAUUGAUCGAAGUCAACAUCCAUCAACUUAAUAUCAAUAUAUCAGUUCCAAACUGCGAAGUUAUGGUCGUGUUCCAAAGAGGAGACAGAAAAGCUCAAACGCAACCAGUCUCAUUGGUAAACAAAUGUGCCAGAAUCGAACAAAUCCUCAAAAUCCCUGCCACUCUCUAUUAUGAUGUUAAGCAGAAGGAAUACUAAAAGAAAAUGGGCACCUUGAUUGUCCUCGUCAAAUAUGAAAAGGGAAUGAAGAAUGCAGGUCAAAUCGAUAUUGAUUUCUCCUCGUACCUAAAUUAAAAAAAGGGGAAAAUCGAUGAGAUCUCACCCCUUUCUAAAUGUCCUGACUCUAAUGCCACCCUCUCAUACACAAUCAACUUCUUGAGUCAAGAAUAGAGAUCCAAAACUCCUGAAGCCAACAUCAAUAAUAUUAGGGAAGAUCAAUCCAAGGCUCAAAUUACAUAAUUAGACUUGUAAAAUAAGCAAUUGAAGGAGGACAAUAUUCGAUUACAAGAUGAAGUCGAUUAAUUGAAAGCCUAAAAUAAAUAAUAAUAGAUCUACAUUCAACAACUAUAAAAUUAACUCAAAUAAGGUCAGGAGGUAUUAAUCAAAUAGAAUUCAUCUAAACCCAAUUAUGAAACACCUACUGCACAACCAGAAGAAUGCCAAAAAUGCUAUGAAUUUCAAUUAGAAUUAGAGUUAUUAAAAAAAUAAAAAUCCAUUAAGUAGCUUCCUUGUGAGAAGUGCUCAAAUUUAGAGUAGUAAAUCGAAUCACUCAAAAAGCAAUAUUCACAAGGGUCAAAGAAGGAGAGUUCUGAUUAAAAAGUUGAAUUGUUAAAUGAAGCCAACACUCAUUUAAAGGAGCAAUUGUAUGAGCUUGAAUAAUAAGCUGCCAAAAUUAGAAAGGAAAACCAGGAUCUAAAAAACAAACUCAAUAUUUAAAACCAAUAAUUAAUAGACUGCAGAGAGAGAAUAUAAGAAUUAGAAAACAAUGAUGAAGAUGAUAAACGCAUUGCAGAAUACUAAAAAUUAAUAGAAAAAUCAAAUGAUGAUCUAUUGGAUAUCUAAUAAAAAUUGUUUUCAUUUUAAACUGAAUGCGAUUAGCUCUAAAGAGAAAAGAAUGAAUAUGAGCAAUAGCUUGAGAUUUUGUCUAAAAAAUAUGAUACUCUAGAAUUAUAACUAUUCUAAUAAAAAUAAAGAUAUGCUAACGCUAUGCAUGCAUUCCUUAGUAUAGGCGAUACAAAUGCAAUUGAAGUACUUGAAUAGUUUAGUGGAGAUUGA